AAGGGGGCGGUGCUCGUUUUGAUCCCCUUCCACUUCUUCUCCAUGUUAGCUUUCAACAUCGUCGACAACAUGCCUGAAGCGUGACAGCAAACUGGUUUAGCUAGCUGACUGGGGUUGAAAGAAAAAAAGAAAUAAAAGCAACAAUGUGUCAAAACACUCUUGGCAGGUCUCGCUUGUAUUAGAGGCGCGACUGGCGACCGGAAACACGGCGGCAAAAUGGCCCGUUCCGACUCCGAACCACGGCAAUCGUGACGAUGACUUGACGUUCGCUGGCCAUCAGUCAUGGCACGUCGCUCUCAAUGUUCCUCUGCGGGGGAUAACCCCAUGCACCCCAACUACCUUCCUCCUCAUUAUCGGGAAGAAUACCGUCUGGCGAUUGACGCGCUGAUUGAGGAAGAGCUGGAAGGAUAUUACGACUUUCUUCAAAAAGCAGAUGUGGUGGACUUCCUUUCCACGCAGGAAAUUCAGUAUAUUCAGAGCUCGGUCCAAGUUCCUCAGCAAAGCAUCUACCAAGAGCAACCUUUUCUGGACAAUGUCGGAGACAGCUCCUCGGAUACGUACUGGCCGGUCCACUCCGACCUGGACGCCCCCGGCCUGGAUCUCGGCUGGCCUCAGCUGCAUCUUUUCGGCGGUCCCACGGAGGUGACCACGCUGGUGAAUCCUCCCGAGCCCGAAAUGCCGAGCAUCAAGGAGCAGGCUCGUCGACUUAUCAAGAACGCUCAACAGGUGAUUGCCAUUGUCAUGGACAUGUUUACAGAUGUAGACAUUUUUGCUGAUAUUUUAAAUGCCGCCAUGAGGAACGUCGCCGUCUAUAUUCUUUUGGACGAGCGGAACGCGCAUCAUUUCAUGAACAUGGUGUCCAACUGCAGAGUAAAUCUACAGAAUAUGCAAUUUCUACGUGUCAGAACUGUGUCUGGUAUCACUUAUCACUGCCGCUCAGGGAAAUCCUUCAAAGGACAGAUGAUGGAUCGCUUCUUGUUGACAGACUGCAGGGCGGUACUGAGUGGGAACUACAGCUUCAUGUGGUCUUUUGAGAAACUACACCGUUGUAUGGCACAUCUUUUCCUUGGACAGCUGGUAUCGACCUUUGACGAAGAGUUUCGGAUCCUCUUUGCUCAGUCUCAGCCAAUAUCAACAGAUGAGCCUGUUGCGAUGGAAGACAUUGGCUUUUUACAAAAGUGGCAAUACCCAAGUAAAAGAACUUCACUUGUAUACAGAGAGCCCAGGAAGUUUGGGCCGAUGGACAUGCCUCAUCCAGAGGAUUGGGCUAAACCAUCAUAUGAUGAGCACCAAGAAACCGACUGGAGAACGAUGCACCUGAAAAGAAACGAACCUCUGUACGGUCCUAUUGAUAUGCACAGUCGAUUUCCGUCACAACAGUCAGGACUGGAGCAGCUAGGUCACUCCAGGUUUCCCGUGAUGGAAAACCCUGCUUUCAAACGACAGGUGUAUAGCGAAGGUAUUCCUAGCAGGUACAGUUACCCGUUCCCAACUCAACCCGCAGCAGACCUCGAGGCUAGGGGAAGAGCGCUUCACAGGGGACAGCAGCAAAAUGUGGGACCGGGUCCCGAUAACGACUAUGGGGGUCCCGACAAAUUCUGGAACCAAAAGUAUCCGUCAGCAGAGCAGUCUUCGGAACCGGGCUUACCACAAGAAAUGGAGCCUUAUGACAACUUUGACCCUGUGCUUAAUUAUUUAUCAUCCACUAGGAAUGUGGACUUUGAGCAGGUCUCAGAGAAGUUACAACCCCCGGCAGAUUUAAGUCUAUCGCAGCACACAAUGGACGACAAGCAGUUUCUUCAGGACCGCAGAGACCCCAUGGUGAAGCGGGGUUUAAGGAACUGGAGAAUCAACUCUUACCUCAGUGCGUAUGAUAAUCCAGGAGAUGAAGGCCUGCCAUUGAUGCCUCCUCAGACAUCAGAUCCUUUCGAGGAGCCCUCCAACCCUGUACAGACAACCGCACCGCUCGCAGAUUCCUCAAUUCCUAAAAUUCCAAAUGUCCGAGAGUUUAAGAUUCCCGCCGUUCCUAGGGUAAGUCAGUUGCCAAGUUACGCCAAAGCUUUUGCCCUGGAAACAGAACAGGCAAAUAAAUUGCCGGAAGAAAGUACUCCUGUGCUGGCGGACACCAAAACAACAGAGACACUGACACCUUCUGAAUCAUCAUCCACAACAGAAGGGGAGAAAUCAGAAGAGUCAGAACAGAAGGAAUCUAAUACCGCUGUCCGAAAGGACGAGUCGUUUAAGAGAAAAUACAAUGCGGCCAUGCCGAGAAGUUCCAGGUUAAGAUCCUCUCUGAUAUUUAACUCUUUAGAGCAACAUACAGCGGGGCAACAAGAUGAGGAAAGUGACAAGACUGAGAGUGAGCAGACAAAACUACCUUUUGCUUCUCAGGUUUUUGGACAAAGAAGAUCAGGUGCUAGAGACUCUUUCGCCUGGACUCGUUACUUAAAGUCGUCCACGUUUGAUAGCUCUGCACAAGAAGGUACCAACAAACCAGAGGAUAAAGAUUCAAAGAGUUCCUCGGAAAAUCUGGAGAUCCAAGAACCGUCAAAGAGUUCCUCAGAAAAUGUGGGGAUCCAAGAACCUUUAAAGCUGCCAGAUGUUGAACAGGGAAAAACAUCUCCAUCGCCGUUCAGAUUGAAGCGGUCUGAAUCCGAUCUAACAAAAGCUGAUCUACUACCCAAGUCUUUGGUUAGCAACCCGUUGCCCGUAGACAUGAAUGAUCCUGAUAAGAGACUCAAGUUUUUCAAAGAGCUGGCAGCCAAACGCAAAGCUGCCAAGGCUGCAGAGGCUGAAAAGAAGAAAGAGAAGGCUCCAAUGAAAACACCAACGAAUCGUGACGGUGUUACUGUUGUAAAGGAGGACACUGCAUCCAGUGAUGGUACUCGAAAAGAUGAUACAACGUCCCAGAUGUCAAUCUCACUAUCAUCAAGUGUUACUACUAAGGAUUCAAGUAAAACAAAAUCCUCAGAACUAAAUGUCAGUGAUGAGGCAAACAAUCAAGAGGUUAGUAAUCUAACGGUUAUCUCCCAGACAUCAAAAAGUCAACAACCUAAAGUCCCGACUGAUUUGGAUAAAGCAAAAUUGCGAGACAGCCAAACGGCAGCAUCUCUAUCUGUUUCUGCAGAAACAGAAUCUCUUGAGUGUGAUUCAGAAGACCCAGAGCGUCACAAACCUGCCUUGAGUGAGUCUAGCUCUGGUCAAGAGCCCAUUGUAACAAAAGAAACGCAUGCUAAUCUUCCAUUGCUUGAGCAUCGCGCAGAAGAAAAUAUAUCAGCAGUCCUUACGUCUACCUCUACUGAUUCCACUCUAGUUCCUACUCUCAAUACGGUGGAUUCAGCAUCAUCUUCUGCAUCUAACACUGUCAUUUCUAACAUCCAAACUCAAGACUCAUCACAGACCAAUGUGGCACAACCUGACGCAAAGAGCGCUAACUCUGAACACCUGCUAUCCAUUUCUAGUCCACAAAGCACAUCCAAUCCUUCAGACUCACCUAGCAUAGAGCAAACAGCUUCUGUUUUAGUGCCAACACCGCCUGAAAGUAGUCAUUUCCGCCACUUCGCUAAUGAGAAAUCUGGUGUUUUCCAUGAAAGUACCGCGUCUGGUUCAGAGCCAAACUCAUCCGCGUUACAAUGCACAGUAACGGAUAAUGACCAGAAGGUUUCCACAAUAGUAAACACCUCAGUAAGUACUCCAGUUGUAAAUGAGCCCAGCGGGUCACCUAUUGUUCCCUCGUCCUUCGGAAAUGACAGAGGUGACUGUGAAACACAUAGCCUUAGCUCUUUGUCGCACGAGUCCAAUAUAUUUGAUACGCAAAGUCUUUCUAAACCAGACCAAAAAGACGUUCCUACGCCAACUAUUGAAGACCUACCGCAAGACCUGCUAAGACGAGUAAAUUCCUCCUCUGAAUCCAACCCAACAGAAUUAGUUCCGUCUGUUUUGCCUUCCCAAACUGAAAAACCAGAAGCUAUCACUACAGUCUCCUUAACCAAUGGGAGUCCAAGUGAUAUAAGCAAAGUCACAACGCACCCUACCUCAAGCACAACAUCUGUUACAGACGAGAUUGUUCCGACCGACAAAAAGCUCGACGCGUCGUUAGCCUCACCGCUCGCUAGCGAUAAUUUGGACCCUCGUAAUGUCGACAGGAAAGAUUCUCAAUCGCCUCGUGAAAAUAACGCCGCGGACAGUGAAACUACCAGUACAGUUUACAAGCAAUCUGUCUGCGGCGAAGGAAUAAAUGAACAAGCGGGGCAAAAUAAAUCUUCCGGAGUUACAACGGAGGAAUCGCCGCAACCCAGGCAGCCGAAAACGAGCCAAUCUCGCUACCAUUCGUCGACGGCGGGCGUGCUCUCGAGCAGCAACCUCCGAGAUGAUACCAAGCUGCUGCUGGAACAGAUUUCCGCCAACAGCCAAAGCAGGAACGAGUCGACGAAGGAGUCGCCCGUCACCGACGACGAGAAAGAAGACGAAGCCGAUAAAAAUGCCAAAAGGGAAAAAGAACGAGAGAUAGGGUCGCUAAGCGGCGGGCUGCAAAAGUCGUCUCAGGACCGUGACAAGCUGUUGGAAAGACUCCAAAGCAUGAGGAAGGAGAGGAAAGUUUACAGUCGCUUUGAUAUGACUCCUUAACUGGGGACCCAGAGAGAAAAGAUUACAGACUGAAGUACGGCACAGGCCCGACAUGCUGACUAAGACAUGAUCAGUAAAGACCAAUAGGGUUGUACUUGUAUUUGCCAAUCGCUAUCAGUUCAGUCAGCGUGGAGUGCGUUUAUGGGUAGUUGACCGUGCAUAUAUGUAAGUGAUAAAAUGUUUUAAUGACACACAGAGAUGGGUAAAGUGCAAUUUGUUACAAGUGAUUAUUUGAGGUGCCUUGACUGCAGUGGCAACCAUGUUACAUGCAAUACAGACAACUUGUUCUAGAACAGCCAUUACAAGAAAGAUGGGGUUGAAAAUAGACAAUAUUGUUUCUUACGACACGAUUCGAGGCUCACUAUGAUCUCAUGAUAUGGAAAUACAACGAUGAUCGAUACAUGGUUCGGGAAAUCAUUCUAGGAUAUUCUACAAUAGUGUUUUUCAACUGGUGUGCUGCAGAUUGUCAGGUGUGCCGCGAGAAAUUAUUCAAUAUCGCUUUUUUUUUUUUUUACGUCGUCGGGCGGAGUUGCAGAAGGAAGGAAGGAAGGACUAGGUAGUAAGUUUCGGUUGUGUGCAAAUGAGCGAGGCAUUGCUCGUGUCGCGUUCAAGAACUGCUCGGAUUUCUAGCCACUAGAAGCGUGCAAAAUUUCUGAUUCUGAUGUCUUAAUCAACUGUCAGUGGCAGCCAAUGUCAGACAAUUAGUUCAUUUUGGGGCAUUUCCAUGCAGUAAUUUUUCAUAGGGGUGGCCUGAUGGGGCCACUUAAAAUCUUGGGGUGGCCAAAACUAAAAGCCAUAAUUUCAGGUUUUCAUUAUAUUAUUGCAGUAAAAAGGUCAGGGGAAAACUAUCAGAAAGACUUCAGGACACGACUACUGAUAUACUUUGGUGUAUUGUGUAAUAUUUGAUGUUACUAAUGAUUUAGUGUGCAUAGUCCAUAACUGUCCAGUCAACAUUUUGAGUUCCACAACAAUUCUGUUUUUAUUGUGUUAUGUAUAUAUUAGGCAUAAGGUGUACAUUUAACUAGGGCUGUCAAACGAUUAAAAUUUUUAAUCGAGUUAAUCACAGCUUAAAAAUUAAUUAAUUGUAAUUAAUCACAAUUCAAACCAUCUAUAAAAUAUGCCAUAUUUUUCUGUAAAUCAUUGUUGGAAUGGAAAGAUAAGACGGAUAUAUACAUUCAACAUGCUGUACAUAAGUACUGUUUGUUUAUUAUAACAAUAAAUCCACAAGAUGGCAUUAACAUUAUUAACAUUCUUUCUGUGAAAGUGAUCCACGGAUAGAAAGACUGGUGAUUCUUAAAGGAUAAAUGUGAGUUUGUUUUGUACAUUGUGACUAAAUAUUGCCAUCUGGUAUAUUUUUGAGCUUUCAGUAAAUGAAACUGUAGCGACUUAACUGUUCUGCCCAAAUGCACGAUGGGAAGUGGUGCAGCCAUGACUGUGUGUGGUGGCUGCAAAUGCUAUAUCUUCUCUGUGUUGGGUACACUACAGGGUGUUAAGAAAAAGAUCAACUCCUGUCAUUCGUCCCCACGUCGCUUCCCACAAUAUUUAUACUGUGGGAGAGAUGACAACGCUUUUGCCAAUCAAAAGCACGGCCCCAAUGAAUGCUUGUAUCUACUCCACUCAAUUGACACUGCCUCUUAUCUCUGUAUAUAAGUAAAAUGGCGCCAUUGUAAGCUGUUUGCGGCAAUGCCUGAGUGAGUCGUACCGCGAAUGCGUUAAUUGCGAUACAUAUUUUCACGUGAUUAAAAAAAUGAAUUACCGCCCGUUAACGCGAUAAAUUUGACAGCCCUACAUUUAACAAAAGAAAAUAAAUGCAUUCAUAUGGGAUGAAAUGCAUAACUGAUGCUACAACAAUCUAACGAUAUACCUGCAAGCGGGUUGGCCAGUGGGGUGGCCAACCAAUUUAUAGGGGUGGCGCCACUGAUUCCAUGUCAUUUCCUGUUGAUUUUCAGUCGCUUCCUUUUCCUUUUUGGGCAUUCACGGGUCAUUUCCUGUUGAUUUUUGGCUACUGAAAAGGGAUUUUUGGUUACUAAAAAGGAAGUAACUUAAGAAUGUGUCCCCAAGUGAAUAGGAAAUGAUUAAAAGUCAUCAGGAAAUAACCUGUAAAUGCCCUAAAAUGAACAAGCCAUCAAUAGUACUGAGACCAGAGCAUUAACAGACUUUUGUGGUAAUUUACACAUCAUUUCCUGUUCAUUUGGGGACCUUCUGUUGAGUUUGAAAAAUCACCUGAAAAUGCCCCAAAAUCAACAGGAAGCAACCUGUAAAUGCCCUAAAAUGAACUAAAGUGACCUCAAAAGACUGGCUUUGAAUGCUGUGGUUUCAAUGCCAUUGACCCCGCUAGACGUCCAAUCCGGUCAAAAUGAAUUGUCUUGCGCCAUCAAUGGCAUUUAGCAACGUAGACACUAUUCUAAUAGAAGAUGUUGGCAGCAACCUUUAAAAAAAAAACAAAAAAACAGUGACACCUUUUUAUAACGAUAUCGAUUCUUGGCGGGAUCAUAUCAAUAACCUUUUGGGCAAAAAAGUAUCAAGAUAUAAGCUUUUCAAUAUAUUGUCACACCCCUAAUUGUAACGUUCGCAAAAAGUCCAGUCUUUCCAUGUGAGUGGUUAUUCUCAGUGCAGAAAGUUUUUUCUGCCAUCUAGUGGUUUUUCUUGUAACCGCAGCCCGAGCCUACAUUCCUUUCAUAACUUAUAGACCCUACUCUCCUACGUCACAAAAUGGGCGUGUCGCUGUCUCCGGCCGCCAUAUUGUACCUCUUUUUCAGACCUAUUCUCAUUGUUUUCAAUUAGUCGAGCAAGUUAUAGAGCAAUUCAUGGAAGCCCCGGUGUUAUCUGACGCUGUAAACUCAUUGGAUCCGUUGCAUAAAAGGCGUUACGUGGAAAAGCUUCAGUUUAUCCAUUUGCCAGAUCCGUAUUUGAUGCCUAAAUCGAUGUUUUUCGACCCGCUGGCUUCGCCUGACAUCUGAUAUCCUGAUAUUUACAACAAUCUUGUCCACACAAAAUGAGCCUAUUCUCACGAAAGUUUGAAAAACUUUAAGAGCUUGGAGGCUUAUAAAUGCUACGUUGCUGGUUGGGUGAAACAGGUCCUCGUACACGAAAAUUCGGCAGGAAUCUUGUGCUCGGAAGGUGAGUUACGAAAUUUUCAAUUCAAAAUCUUUUGUUCUUGCUAACAUCCACUGUCAAGUCUAAUGUAUUUCAUAUCAUUUGUCAAUGGAGCUAGGGCUUUUAAUGUUUAUAUGGUUUAGCGAUAGCACUCUCACUAUAUACAUAUAUAAUACGUAAUAAAUAUGAAGUGCGAUAGCACUACUCCAGAUUGUCCCUAGUUGAAUUUAUUUUUUGGCUUUUGACCUCAAUAGUGAAAUUGUAAAUUAAUUGUAUGACAACUGUCUGAUUAUCCCCUUAUAAUUAUAUAUUUUCAGGUAGUUCAUUCACAACGUCUGAGUGUAUGUUGUCGGCGAUUAGCCUAGCAAUGAUCUUAAUUGUGGUUGUCAGCCCAAAAACCCUCUAAAUAUAUAUUAAAUGCAUCUUACCAGAUAUAAAAUGACUACUACAUAAUCUGUGGUAGUCGUUUGGAGCCCAGUUUUCUCGUCGAAUUGCAGCAGUCAAUCUCGGUCUCCUGUUCGGGUCUCUCGGAAUACGGUCAAAAUUCAAGUCUCUCCGUCUAUCUUCUCUGUUUUUGCAACCGACCGCCACACACGACUUCACCAUUUUGAUUAUUAAUGUUAACGAGCAGAAAAACACGCCAUAAUAGGAGGAAUUUGCGAAGCGCUAAUGCAUUAACAUGACUAGUAUCCGGACAACAUGGCGCGGGGGCGUGGCUGUGACGUCACGUGAGUAGGGUCUAUUAGCAAAGAAAAAAUGUUACAACAUUAGUGGCUUGUUGGAAGUGUGUUGAAAUUCCUCACUUACAUAUUUCAGCUGCAUUCGUAGUGUUGUGUAAAUGCCUGUUACUGCUAAACAAGCCAAUGCAUGUCUUGGACUUGUUUUAGACGUUUAGAAACUAGAGAUGUGACAAUAUAUGGAAAUGGCGAUACUUUGUACUGUAUCCCAAAAGGUAAUUGAUAUGCUCCUGCCAAGAAUCGAUAUAUCGUUUUAAAAAGGUGUCACUGUUCAAAAAAUAAACUGCCACCAAAAUCUGACAAAAUUAGCAGCAACUGACCUGAAAUGCCCCCCCCCCAAAAAAAACACUCAUAAGUUGAGUCAUAGACGUCUAAUGAGAUCAUUGUGAGCCAUGUAUCGCAAAUUUUAUCGUGUGCUACCCCACUCCAAUUAGAAAUGUAAAAAAAAAAAUAAAGUUCCAAAACGUAUUAAUCAUAAUUCCACUACUGCACAUUUGUUUUGACAUAGUUAGAAAAGGUAUUUAAUCCCAAAAUAAGAAUUGCACAUUGGAAAUAUGCUGCAUUUUUAACCUCAUGUAUCAUUGAAAAACAUGUCCGUUACCUUAUUCUUGUUUAUAAACUUACUUUAAUGGAAUAAUGAAGGUGUUCAUUGAUGGAUAGACUUCACUUUUUAAGAAACCAGUACUACUGAAGCGUAUUGCUGCCACCAAAAAAUUUUUUUUUAAAAGUCCAGUAGAAUUUCUGGACUUUAAAAAAAAAAAAAAUUAACAUAAUCGUGCAUUUUCACAUAAUAGUUAUCAAGUUUUUAAAUAAUAAGUAACACGUUCUUACAUGAAAGUUACCACGUUUACAAGUUUACAUUUUUACAUGACAGUAUCACGUUCUUACAUGAUGGUAUCACUUUUUUCAUGAUAAUGAUCACAUUUUUACAUGACCAUUAACACGUUUUUACGUGAUUAACACGUUAUUACAUGAUAAUGAUCACUUUUUUUCAUGAUAGUAUAAGGAUUUUACAUAAUAUCACAAUUUUACAUGGUAGUAUCACAUUUUUACAUGAUAGUUCUCACAUUUUUACUUGAUAAUCAUCCUGUUUUUGCAUGAUACUAUCACAUUUUACGUGAUAAUGAUCGUGUUUUUACAUGAUAGUUCUCACGUUUUCACUUGAUAAUUAUCGCGUUUUUACAUACUAUCACGUUUUACAUAAUCACAUAUUUACAUGAUGAUUAUCAAGUUUUACAUGAUGAAGAUCAUGUUUUUACAUGAUCAAUAUGUAGUUUUUACAUAGUAUCAGGUUAUUACAUGAUCAUGAUCACGUUAUUACAUUAUAGUAUAGAGUUUUCACAUAUUUUACUUGAUAGUUCUCACAUUUUUACUUGAUCAUUAUCACGUUUUUACCUGAUACUAUCACAUUCUUAGAUUAUAUUAUCACGUUUUACAUGAUAAUGAUCAUGUUUUUACAUUGUGAUUAUCAAAUUUUGUAUGAUAAUGAUCACCUUUUUACAUAAUAAUCACAAUUUUGCAUCGUAGGAUCACAUUGUUCCAUGGUAGUACUCAGGUUUUUACUUGAUAAUUAUCACGUUUUUACAUUCUAUCACAUUUGACAUGAUAAUGAUCAGAUUUUUACAUGAUAAUUAUCCAGUUUUACAUGAUAAUGAUAAUGUUUUUAAAUGAUAAUUAUUUAGGUUUUAAGAUAGCAUCACGUUAUUACAUCGAUAAUGAUCACGUUUUUACAUUAUAGUAUUGAGUAUUUAAGGUUAGGGUUAUUUAAGGUUAGGGUAAACCCUAACCCAUAAGAUGAUUUUACUUGAUAGUUCUCACGUUUUUACUGGAUAAUUAUCCUGUUUUUACAUGAUACUAUCACAUUUUAAGGUGAUACUAUAACAUUUUACGUGAUAUUUAUUGACAUGUUUUUACAUGAUAGUUCUCAAGUUUAUACUUGAUAAUUUUCGCGUUUUUACACACUCAUGUUUUACAUAAUCACAUAUUUACAUGAUAAAUAUCAAGUUUUACAUGAUAAAGAUCAUGUUUUUACAUGAUCAAUAUCUAGUUUUUACAUAGUAUCACAUUAUCACAUGAUCGUUAUCACGAUGUUACAUUAUAGUAUAGCAUUAAGUAUAGAGUUUUUACAUAAUAUGAUUUUACUUUAUAGUUCUCACAUUUUUACUUGAUCAUUAUCACGUUUUUACAUGAUACUAUCACAAUCUUAGGUUAUAUUAUCACGUUUUACAUGGUAAUGAUGACGUUUUUACAUUGUGAUGAUCAAAUUUUGCAUGGUAAUGAUCACGUUUUUACAUAAUAAUCACAAUUUUGCAUCGUAGGAUCACAUUGUUCCAUGGUAGUUCUCAUGUUUUUACUUGAUAACAUCACGUUUUUAGAUACUAUUACAUUUGACAUGAUAAUGAUCACAUUUUUACAUGAUAAUUAUCAAGUUUCACAUGAUAAUGAUCAUGUUUUUACGUGAUAAUUAUUUAGGUUUCAAGGUAGUAUCACCUUAUUACAUGAUAAUGAUAACGUUUUUACAUUAUAGUAUUGAGUUUUUACAUGAUAUAAUAUUACUAGAUAGUUCUCAAGUUUUUACUUGAUAAUUAUCACGUUUUUACAUGAUGCUAUCACAUUUUUAGGUGAUAUCACGUUUUACGUGUUUUCACAUGAUCAUUAUCUAGUUUUUACAUAGUGUAACUUCAUUACAUGAUACUGAUCAUGUUUUUACAUUAUAGCAAGUUUUUACAUAAUAUGAUUUCAUAUGAUAGUUCUCAUGUUUUUACAUGAUAAUGAUCACGUUUUUACACAUCACAAUUUUACAUUUUAGCAUCACAUUUUUACAUGGUAGUUCCCACGUUUUUACUUGAUAAUUAUCACGUUUUUACGUACGAUCACAUUUUAAGGUGAUACUAUCACGUUUUACGUGAUAAUGAUCACAUUUUGGCAUGAUAAUUAUCAAGUUAUACAUGCUAAUCAUCACGUUUUCACAGAAUAAUUAUCUAGUUUUUACAUACUAUCACAUUUUCACAUAAUAUGGUGUUGGUGUUAUAUAGCGCUUUUCCACCUUUUUUUUAAGGCGCUCAAAGCGCUUUACACUAUCUCGCCAUUCACCUACUGGUGACGCAGCACCAGGAGCAAUGUGGGGUUCAGUGUCUUGCUCAAGGACACUUCGACGAGUUCAUCAGGGCAGAGACUUGAACCCACAACCUCUGGGUUGGGGGACAACUACUCUACUACUCAGUCACGCCACAGCCAUGAUAGUCAUCAAGUUUUUGCAAGAUACUAUACUAUCAGGAAAAAAUAUGAUACUGGACUUUUUUUUUGGGUGGCAACAUUACACUUCAGUACAAUCCAAACAAAAACAUGUACUGUAUAUGACUCCAUGAUACUGUCAUAUGCCAAAUUUUACUGUGCAUUAUGUGUGAACAGCUGUCACAUUUUUAGGGUAUUUGUACAGAUUUCCAUCGUAACAGUGAAAAAUGCAUUUUUCUUAAAGGACCUCAAAGCCUUAUCAUGCACGAUGAUGAAGUUCAUGUAGGGGUAAAAUGAAAAAAAAGCUGGGGUUUUAUUGUAAUUUGGAGAAACUGCAAUUGUGCCUUUACCUAUAAAUCCUGUACAAUGAAACUAACAAAUUGUAGUCAUUUUUCAAAUACAGUAUGUUGAAUGGAUGUCUGGUUUGGUCCAGAGUAAAUGAUGAAAAUCAACGACCUUAAGUUUGGACUUUUUACCUCAAUUUUCACUCUUAGGAAACGUCAUGUUUUUUAAAAGCCACAUUAAGACGUUUAGAUAUUUAACCUUAAACUGUGCUUAUAUCAGACUUUUCUUGCAAAACCUUUUGAAAGCCAAUAAGCUCACGGAGAGUGAAAUAGCCAUGAAGUCACAUGUUCCAGAACGCCGCUUAUGAAAGCUCGCGUCCACGACUUCAACAGUAGGCCUCUUGUGUUUGCGUUGAGCAGCACAUUUAGCCUAAUCUUUCUAGUUUUCACGCUACAGCCCAGAAUUUGCGCCCGCUGUGACUCAGCCAAGACUGGAAAACAGUGUUGUUAAAAAAAAAAAACCAAAUAAAAUGACUUUAACCUUAAAGGGAGUUUACCACAUCACCGCAUUUAGUUGGUAUGCUUUUGUUGUGAUCACUCUGGCUGCAAAAGAUGGGAGAACAAUUACCACCUGGGAUCUUUGUGUAUGGAGGACCUUGGAAGUACCUCACGUUUUUGAACUUGUAACAGAGAAGAUAGACUGAGAGACUUGAAGUUCUACCGUAUUCUGAGAGACCCGAAGAGGAGAGCGAGAUGGACUGCUGUAAUUCGACAAGAAGUCUGGGCACCAAACGAUCACCACAGACUAUGUAGUAGUCAUUUUAUAUCUGGUAAGAUGCAUUUAAUAUAUAUUUAGAAGAUUUUGGGCUGACAACCACAAUUAAGAUCAUUGUGUGACGUUGGCGAUUGGGGUCUAUAUAGUUGCCUCUUUUUCUUUGGGGGUGGAGUUGUUGUUUUGUUGGCGGUAAGCAGAGUAAAAAGAAGGAGAAAAAUACCACAACUUCCGUGUCUUAAUUUUUCGCCACCAAGCAAGCAUUGCAAUGUUAAUUAAAAAUGAAUGAAAACUAAAUACUAUUGAACAUGUCAUCAUUAUCAUUAUAAAAAUUUAAGUGACGGGUAAAAAUAGAUUAUGAACGGAUUUUUAUGACCCUGUCAGUCAAAAUGACAGACAACGAAAAUGUCUAGCGCAACCUCUGCUCUGGUGUCCUUCGACAGCUCUUUGGUCUUGGCCAUAGUGGAGUUUUGAGUGUGACUGACUGAGGUGGUGGACAGGUGUCUUUUAUACCAAUAAUAAGUUAAAACAGGUGCCAUUAAUACGGGUAACGAGUGGAGCCUCGUUAAGACCUCGUUAGAAGAAGUUAGACCUCUUUGACAGCCAGAAGUCUUGCUUGUUUGUAGGUGACCAAAUACUUAUUUUCCACUCUAAUUUGCAAAUAAAUUCUUUAAAAAUCAAACAAUGUGAUUUUUUUCCCCCACAUUGUCUCUCAUGGUUGAGGUUUACACAUGUUGAUGACUACAGGCCUCUCUAAACUUUUCACUUAGGAGAACUUGCACAAUUGGUGGUUGACUAACUACUUAUUCGCCCCACUGUAUCUGCCGAUAGCUGACUAGCAUAUGUCGAAAGAUAAUCACCCGAGCAGUCAACAAAAAUGCCUGUCAACGCUUUCUUUUGCCACUCGAGGUGAUCGUGGGCCUGCUGAAGUUCUGGCCCAAGACCCACAGUCCCAAGGAGGUGAUGUUCCUCAACGAGCUGGAGGAGAUCCUUGACGUUAUCGAGCCGGCCGAGUUCGUCAAAGUCCACCAGCCGCUCUUCCGGCAGUUGGCCAAGUGCGUGUCCAGCACUCACUUCCCGGGUCAGUUAUUAACGCGACACCUGCUCCUUGAAAUUGGCCGCGCUUUGAUGAUUCUUUCCUUUUCUGUGUGGACACCGAGAGGGAGAACGACUGCAGCUCGACAUUCCGAACUUGCUCUCCGAGACAAACGCAGUCUUCUCUAAAACAA